UAUGAAGGGAAGUCGUUAUGGAAUUGUUGGCGUUUAAUCGCUGAAUGCGUCGGGUAAGUUAAACAGUACCAGAAGAAGAAAGAAGGAAGAGGUCAAGAGAAGUGCUCGAGAUCAAGAUCUUUAAACACAAAGGUUUAUUUCUCCAAUCCACACUUGAAAAACUAAGUUAUGUGUGACACAAAAUUCAUUAAAGAGGAGAGUGAAGACAUGAGUGUUACAGACACCAGCACAAUGAAAAAUGAAGAUGAUGCAGAACAAAGAGACCUAAUGGAACUGGAAGAAACAACGGUAUCAGUAUCUCCUCAUUGUGGAAAGAGAUUGGGAAGUAAAGAGCAGCUUGUGAAGCACAUAAGAAUUCACACUGGAGAAAAGCCAUUCACAUGCGUUCAUUGUAGAAAAAGUUUCGGACAAAAAAACCCUCUAGAUGUCCACAUGAGAACUCACACUGGAGAAAAGCCAUACGCAUGCGUUCAUUGUGGAAAGAGUUUCACACAAAAAAUAACUCUAGAGAACCACAUGAGAAUUCACACUGGAGAAAAGCCGUUCACAUGUGUUCAGUGUGGAAAAAGUUUCGGACAAAAAAAACCUCUAGAUGUCCACAUGAGAAUUCACACUGGAGAAAAGCCAUACGCAUGCGUUCAAUGUGGAAAGUGUUUCACACAAAAAAAUAAUUUAGAGGUCCACAUGAGAAUUCACACUGGAGAAAAGCCAUAUGCAUGCGUUCAGUGUGGAAAGAGUUUCACACAAAAAAAAAAUCUAGAGGAACACAUGAGCAUUCACACUGGAGAAAAGCCGUUCACAUGUGUUCAGUGUGGAAAAGGUUUCGGACAAAAAAGAACUCUAGAUGUCCACAUGAGAACUCACACUGGAGAAAAGCCAUUCACAUGUUUUCACUGUGGAAAAGGUUUCUGUGGAAAGAGUUUCGCACGAAAAAGAAAUCUACUGAUACACAUGAGAACUCACACUGGAGAGCGUCCAUUUGUAUGUGUUCAGUGUGGAAAGAGUUUGAAACAAAAAAGACAUCUAGAGAACCACAUGAGAACUCACACUGGAGAGCGUCCAUACACAUGUGUCAGUGUGGAAAGAGCUUCACACAAAAACAUCAUCUAAAGGGCCACAUGAGAACUCACACUGGAGAGCGU